CUGCAGGUUCGGCGUCCGUCUGGACGUCCCCAAGGGAUAUUAAACAUUGGUGUGGCAUUACUGGAUAGCUCAAUGAGGAGCAUGCCAUUGUACAGACAAAUGAGCAUGUCAGCCGUCGGAUUCCGAGAUCUCCUGACGGACGACCAUCUUCCGCUGCACAACAACCCCGCCACCACCCACCCGGUGCUGCGGCGCAUGAAAAGCGAGCGCAGCACCCUCGUGUCUUACGAUGACAUCUCCGUCAACAACAGCUCCUUAGUCGCAAUCCCUUCCAAAAAGAACAAGCAGGCCUUCACAGAGAAGGAAAGCUCCAUACUCAGCAUCUCUUUCGUGCCGCCACCGCCGCUUCCUCCACCGCCAUCGAUCAAGGCGUCAAGUAACAAGAAGAUAGGGAAGGCUAGUUCCGUGAUCAGCGGCGCGGAGCUCAGGGAAGACAAGACGAAGCCAAAACGUAGGAAGGCGAGUUCCGUUUUAAGCGAUUCUAUUAUGAGCAGAGAAUCACAUCUAUUGGCUAAAUUGAAAGAUGAAGAGUCCCCUGCGAAUAAUAAUAAUAGCAACAAUGACAUUGGGCCAAGUGAGAAGACUGCCAACGACAAGCCCAACGGGCCAGGAGUUAAUAGUAAACUCGGCGAGUCUCCACCGAUGCCAAUUUCGAAGCCCAUUAAGACAUCCAACGGCCCAACGGGUAAGUAUGGUUUCAUUGGAGGGCCGUGGAAGGGAAACUCGAUGCUGUCGGACUCAGAAGUUGGGCCAUCACCGUCAGAGGUGGCGGCGGCGAUGGCCGAGCGGAGGUACCCGUUGGAGCCGGAGGGGAGCUCGGUGUUGGACGGGUGGAGCGCUGACGAGAGCGUGGAAGGACUGCGGUCGAAGUUGGAGCGGUGGCGGGCAGAGCUGCCGCCGUUGUACGAUCGAGGGUACGCCAGCAGCAGCUUCCAGUCGAGCAGCUACCACAUGCGGCGGCACAGUGAAAACGGCGCAGCUGACGGCAGGUUUUCCUGUUUCGGGAACAUAUUCGGGUACGAAUGCGAGUGCGUUUGCGGGCAGCCUCCGCCGCAAAGGAGCAAGAACUACUUGUACAAAAGCCCAUCAGUCGGCAGUUUCCUUUGAAUGAAUUUCAACCCACUAAAUGUCUCCAUCCUGGACGGCCCACUUCAAAAUGGUACAUAUUUGUAGCCUUGUAAUAGUCUAAUCCCUCGUUCAUCCAUUCCCUACCACAGUUAUAACAAGUAUAUGUCCAGUAAGAUACACAAAUAACACAUAUUUAUCAUCAUUCUUGUUGUAUAGUCAAUGAUGGAAGGUGUAAUACGCACACGUUUGUUGGGUGCACACUUUUGAUGUGUUAGUCACUCUCUUUUAGCUUUUUUGUUCCAUUUAAGUAUGUGAAUGAAUUUUGAAAGAAAGAAAAACAUUAAUUUCCCA